AUGGCAUUCAACAUGAGCUCCGUUCCUGAUUACGAUGACCUUCCUAAAGUUGAGGGUAUGCCAAAGGGCUGUGCCUGGGGUGUCUUUGACCAAGACGGAAAGAAAGAUAAAGUCGGAACCCUGAACUUCCUUACUCCAGAGGUUGUUCGCAAUGCCGCCCUCGAAGUCAAGGAUGGCGUCUCUAUAUCUCUCAACUGGCCCAUCAAUGCGAUGAACAAACUCAACUUCCCAGGAAGAGCAGCAUCAGAGCACAAGAUCCUCUAUAUCCCCGAGAGUAUGGCAGCGCUGCCCUUUGACCAGGGCAAGUCAUGGGACGAUGAAAUCUCUUUCAACACCCAAUGCAGCAGCCAAUGGGACAGCUUGUGCCACUUCCAGCACCAAGACUCCGGCCUAGCAUACAACGGCGCGAAUCCCGACAGAGAAGCCUUGUCAGUGGACUCCACCGAUUCCAACACCAUGCCUACGCUGGAUCACUGGCACUCACGCGGCUGCUUGGCUGGUCGCGGUGUGUUACUCGACUACGCCGCAUACGCUGAAGAGAAAGGCCUGGACUUUCACCCAUUCGACGGCAACCGCAUCACAGUGGAGGAUCUUGAAGCCUGCGCAGCGCAUCAAGAUGUCGAGUUCCGCCCCGGUGAUAUCCUACUUGUGAGAACCGGUGCUACAGAAGUCGUCGACAAGAUGGACCCCAUCGGGCUGGGCAAGAUGGCAGCGGCGAAGUUGACAGGUCUACAUGGUUGCGAGGAAACAGCUCGAUGGCUAUGGAACAAGCGCUUUGCUGCUGCUGCAUCAGACUCGAGCAGUUUCGAAGCGUUUCCUCCUUUGAAGCCCGAUGGAUCAGUCGGUGGUAUGAAGGAUCUCGCCCUCCAUACAUACUGCUUGAGCUUUUUUGGAAUGUCGAUUGGUGAAUUGUGGGAUUUGAGUAAGCUGGCUAUUCUUAUUGUGAUAUGGAUGAACGGAGAACAAUACGCCGUUGAUAGUUCUGAACAGCAAACCAGUACAAAUUCAGAAUAUUUGAGCGAUCCCAUUAGUAUUAGCUACCCCAAUACCGGCCUUCAAUUCAACAAUGCCUCAUCACUUCUGCUUCUUGGUAUCCCUACUCAGCUAGGAACAAACAUCUUGAUAUUCGCUUUCUGCGAUCUUAACGACGAUGUGCUUGACACCGGAUUGCUGUUCAAUAUCAAGGGCUGCGUCGACUGCGACACGAACAUUAACAUCGACUGUGUUACAAGCACAGUCACUGCGGGAGCAGCAGAGGAAAUUGGUGCUCCAGAGACAAUCAAGGUCUCUGUGCAAGCCCUGGGUACUGUCUUGGUCACUGUUCAAGCGGUAGAUACCACAACUACUGAAGGUUCCAUUACGACUAUGACUGAAGCGCCACCAACAACCACCGAGGCUACUAUCAUCAUCACCACUGCAGAGCCAACUACUUCUGGCAUUGUGGAGACAUACUCUGUUUCUUCAGAUAUCGUUACUGAGGAUACGACUGCCCAAACUACUACAGCUGAAGUUAAGCAGACGGCCGCUGCUGAUACCAUCGAAGCCACAACUUCUUCUGCUGCCGCCACUGAGGAUCCAGCUCAGACUACCAACACUGAAGCUGAGCCUGUCACAACUUCCGAGGCUGCAAACAGUGGCAGUGCUACUCUCGAUAUCAACACUAAUGAUGUCUUAGAGUCCAUCGCCGCUACCUCUGCAGGCGCUGUUGAUACGCAGACCUCUGCCAUUGGAACAACUGACGUGGUCUCUAGUGACGAGACCGAGACAGCCACGCUGUCUACAGCAGUCGAGACAGUCAGCCAAUCUACCAACGCCGGUACUACCACAGAGUCUUUGCCUAUUCAAAAAACCGUAACGGCUACAGGUACCGAUAGUCCCUCAAGCAUUGAGACAGCUUCAUCAUCAACUUCGCAAGCUACGUCCGAAUAUUCUACCGAUACUUCGACAGGAUCCGUGAGCCAGCUUUCUUCAGCUGUGACAGUUUCGAACUCACAAACCAUCAUCGCCCCAACACCAUCAACAUCCGAUAUCCACGCCUCAACGGCAAAGUCCAGUCUCGCCAGCGCGCAAACUGAUAUAUCUGCAUCCCCAACUUCUAUUAUUGAGACAAUCGGCGACCACAUCGCCACUCCUUCUCCCACCGCUGGCAAUGAUUAUACCAAGGGUUAUAACGUCACCAAGACUGAGUCAGCUACUACCGUUACUACUGUUGUAUACACUACUGUCAACCCCCACAAACCGGAUUGCCUUGCCACCACCGAGAUUGCUAUUAAUGUGGGAUAUACGCCCUGCAAUUGCGCCCACCAGACCCUGCCACCGGUUGAUAUGACUACUGUGGUUGUGCCCUGCCAGUCCUGCGAUCCCUAUGGUGAGAACAGUAUCUCUCUCACUGUUCCGGCUGCCGCUUGUGAGACCGGAGCGAAGUCGACCGGAAAGUCUCAUGGCCAGCCCGAGGGUGAUUCCCAAGGACACUCCGGCGAUAAGUCCUAUCCUAUGCCCGGACCAAAUGAACAGGCGGGGCCUCAACCAAUACGCAAGCAACACAUCCACACCGUAUCUGAGGGUGGUUACGGUGAGAUAGAGAGCCACUCAGCUUACCAGAAGAACGGUCAAACAUCUGCUCUUCCCCACAAGGACUUCCCAACUUCCAACGACAAGCACUCCAUCUACCCAACUGCGGUACAUGGCAAUAACACAGCUGUUCAUACCGAAACUCCUCAACAACCCGCUCAGCAUGGUCUCAAUGGCCAAGGUCAAGGCGGUUUCUCAAAGACUUACAUAACACAAAUACUCACCGUCGCAGUAAAGACACAGGGUAGCAACUCUACAAUUCUGCACACUGGAGUCCCUUCAUAUGGGCCACACUCGCCAAUCGCUGCUACAGGAGCCAUCAAGUUCAGCCCUGGAUUAUGGUAUCUAGCCAGUGUUGUUUGUGGCGCGUUUUUGCUGCUGGCAGCCUGA